AGCCUCCCGCAGCCUGCGCGGCGUGGGUGCGACUCCACCUGGGGGUUGCGGCGUGGGAGGGGCGGGGGGAAGGGUACUACGCGCGCGAGGAGGUUUGGGCCGGUCCGCGCGCCGUCGCCCCGCCCCGGCUGCGGAUUGGCCCGGCGCGGCGUUGAUUCUUGCGGCCGCGGUUGUCGUCGCCGCCCCCGUCCCGCCGGCUGCCCAUUGGUCCAGAUCGGACUCCAAUCACCCCACCCCUCGGCUGGCCCGGGCACCGCUGAGGCCGGCCUUGUGAGCCCGCCCUCCCCGCCGUGGAUUGGCCCGCGGCGGGACCCGUCAGCCGCGGUUCUGUCUGGGAAGGAGAGAAAAUGGCGGCGGAGCCGAACAAGACCGAAAUCCAGACUCUUUUUAAGAGGCUUCGCGCAGUUCCAACCAACAAGGCCUGUUUCGACUGCGGCGCCAAGAAUCCGAGUUGGGCCAGCAUCACGUACGGUGUUUUCUUGUGCAUUGACUGUUCCGGGGUGCACCGCUCCCUGGGCGUCCAUCUGAGCUUCAUCAGGUCCACAGAGUUGGAUUCCAACUGGAACUGGUUCCAGCUGAGGUGUAUGCAGGUCGGCGGGAAUGCCAAUGCGACGGCUUUUUUUCGCCAACAUGGAUGCACAGCCAAUGAUGCCAACACCAAAUAUAAUAGCCGAGCUGCCCAGAUGUACCGGGAGAAGAUCCGGCAGCUGGGGAGUGCGGCCCUGGCUAGGCAUGGCACUGAUCUUUGGAUAGACAACAUGAGUAGUGCCGUUCCUAAUCACUCCCCAGAGAAGAAGGACUCUGAUUUCUUCACAGAACACACUCAACCCCCUGCCUGGGAUGCGCCAGCCACUGAGCCUUCAGGGACCCAGCAGCCAGCCCCGUCUACAGAGAGCAGUGGCCUGGCACAGCCGGAGCAUGGCCCAAACACAGACCUGCUUGGCACCUCACCCAAAGCCUCACUGGAACUGAAAAGCUCCAUCAUUGGCAAGAAGAAGCCAGCAGCAGCUAAGAAAGGGCUGGGUGCCAAGAAAGGCCUAGGGGCCCAGAAGGUGAGCAGCCAGAGCUUCAGUGAGAUUGAGCGGCAGGCUCAGGUGGCAGAGAAGCUCCGUGAGCAGCAGGCAGCCGAUGCCAAGAAGCAGGCGGAGGAGUCCAUGGUCGCCUCCAUGCGUCUGGCCUACCAGGAGCUCCAGAUUGAUCGUAAGAAAGAGGAAAAGAAGCUACAGAAUCUGGAAGGGAAGAAGCGAGAGCAGGCAGAAAGGUUGGGCAUGGGCUUGGUAUCCCGAAGCUCUGUCUCCCACUCCGUGCUGUCUGAGAUGCAGGUGAUUGAGCAGGAAACCCCAGUGAGUGCAAAAUCCUCUCGCUCGCAGCUGGACUUGUUUGACGAUGUUGGUACUUUCGCCUCUGGACCCCCAAAGUACAAGGACAAUCCCUUUUCCUUAGGGGAAAGCUUUGGCUCCCGCUGGGAUACAGAUGCUGCCUGGGGUAUGGACAGGGUAGAGGAGAAGGAGCCAGAAGUGACCAUCUCAAGCAUCCGGCCUAUUUCAGAAAGAGCCACAAACCGGAGGGAAGUGGAGAGCCGGAGCUCAGGCCUCGAGUCUAGUGAGGCGCGUCAGAAAUUCGCAGGAGCCAAAGCCAUCUCAUCUGACAUGUUCUUUGGGCGGGAGGUGGAUGCGGAGUAUGAGGCCAGGUCUCGGCUGCAGCAGCUCUCAGGCAGCAGUGCCAUCAGCUCUUCAGACCUCUUUGGGGACAUGGAUGGAGCUCAGGGAGCAGGAAGUGUAUCUCUGGGGAACGUGCUGCCUACAGCGGACAUUGCCCAGUUUAAGCAGGGUGUCAAGUCUGUGGCUGGGAAAAUGGCUGUGCUGGCCAAUGGUGUGAUGAAUUCCUUGCAGGAUCGCUACGGUUCCUACUGAUCCGAGCUCUGUGACUCAGGCUUACGAUGGUGACGGCAACAAGAACUCCACAGUUCCCAGGCUGGGGAUGCUUUGCCUUGUGGAAGCUGGGGAGGAUUUGUUACUUUGUAUGUGUGGUGUGUGUGUGGGGUGGCCUUUGAGGCGCUCACUCCUGUGAGGGGAAUGGUCAGUACCAGCCCUUGUCCUCUGCCUGUGGACUGAGCUCUUUAUUCCCUCUCACACCACCCUCCGUGUGUUAGACUCUUGUCCUUCUGUCCUGCCCCCACAGCUGCUGCUCACUUGUCCUGCCAUACUGGGAAAGGGGGUUCCCCCACGAUGGCUUAUUCUGGGUCCACUUUCCCCAGGUAGGGAAAGCGGAAGGUAGAAGGCUUUUUUUGCUGGCUCUAGGGUUCUUCUAGUUCGAGGCCUUGGGUCCCCAUCCUCUGGAACCAGGGGGAGGCCUGGAAGGAGUUCACUGUAGACCUGUCCCCUGGGGAAAGAGGCUGCGGACUUGCUGCUGCUGCUGCUGCCAGUGGCCUCUUCUGGGUGCCAGGAGAGGGGAAGGACCUUUGUCUGGGCGUUACCAAGGGCUGGAAACUUUACCUGGUACCUAAAGGUUUCAUUUGGGAUCAGACCGGAGACCCUCGGGUUCUCCCGUCUCACCACCCCUUUCUACAGUAAGCACUUGGAAGAUUGUUUCAGGGUGUCUCAGGGUCCCUCUGUACCAUCUGCUGUGGAAUGCAGGACCCUCUGUGACAUUCUUUAUCCCUUCUUCCCCGGGUUGGUGGCCAUGGAGGGUCUUGUCUGCUGUGAUUCGACUCUGGAUGCUGUGAGCUUGAUGCUGGCCAGGGAAGCAGAGGAUGUGAGAGGCAGAGGCAGGCUCCUGGGGCUGAGCUCCUUCCUCUGCAUCAUUCUGGGCUUGGGGGCCUGGACAGCACCCGCCAGUGAGAGCUGUGGGCCUCACCCUCUGGCAGCUGAGCCAAGCACUGUGUCAUUCUUGGUGCCAUCUUCCCCUGCCGCACCGGCAGUCUCAGCCCAGCCCCCACCUUUGGGUUGUAGGUUGGGCUCCCAAGCAACACAGACCACUCUUCCCCUUGCCCCUCCCCCAGAGGGACUUGACUUUCUUUCUGGACUGUUUGUAUUGAAACAAAGUGGUGUCAAAAUAAAGCCCCUGCAGGGCCUGGCUCCCUGUUGGUCUGAGUGAA